AUGUCCUGGCUCGUCGAGACCGUUGCAGUCGUUUGUCUCUUUUGGUGCUGCUUCAUUGUCGUAGUUCAAACGGUCGGCAUCAGCGCAAUCUUCUACUACUUCUCGAACCACCCUAAGCCGUCCGUCUCGGCCAGGCUCGGCAGCGAUGCGCCUAGUGUCACAAUCAUCCGCCCGGUAAAGGGUAUCGAGCCUAACCUCUACGACUGCAUCGCCUCGACGUUCCGUCAAGACUACCCAUCCGACCGCUGCUCGAUCCGUCUCUGCGUCGAGGACAUCAGUGACCCCGCAUACUCGAUCCUAGAGCAGCUUGUCCAUGAUUUUCCGGGCUUCGACGUCAAGAUCCUCGUCGAGGCCAAGGACCCCAUCCUCCACGGGCCCAACGGCCACAUUGAAAAUUUAGGGCCGAAUCCUAAAAUCCGAAAUAUCAGCAGAGCGUAUCGAGAAGCAAAAAGCGACAUUAUAUGGAUUAUUGACUGCAAUGUCUGGGUGUCGACGGGGGUGCUCGGCCGCAUGGUGGACAAGCUGUCGGGCUUUGCGCCGCAGGGCAGGGUUGUGCAGCCAUACAAGUUUGUGCAUCAUAUGCCCCUUGUUAUUGACACGGUGGACUAUACCAACGAUGCGGCGUCUCAAGAGGCUCUGCUCGCGUCUACUGGCACUGCCAACGACAUGGGCACAAUGAACGUGGGCGAAGGUCGCGGCACCCGCAUAUGGAACCAGGGCGGCGGCCGCCUCGACGAAAUGUUCAUGGCGACUACGCACGUCAAGUUUUACGGCGCCAUCAACUCUGUCGGAGUUGCUCCCUGUAUUGUAGGAAAGAGCAACAUGUUCCGCAAAUCGCAUCUCGACCAAGUCACCGCACCUUCACAUCCUCCCGCUCCAGGCGUUACACCAAAGCCAGCGGGUAUUGAUCAUUUUUCGUUCAACAUUUGCGAAGAUCAUCUGAUUGGUGACCUGCUCUGGAAGUCCAAGAUUCCAGGCUUCCUCAACCACGGCAUCGUUUGGGGAGAUCUUGUUAUCCAGCCCAUGGCUGGUAUGGGUGUCGCUUCGUAUGCGGCGCGGAGAGUUCGAUGGCUUCGCGCACGCAAAUUCACCGUGCUGGCUGCGACUCUUGUCGAGCCGGGCGUCGAAUCUAUUCUCUGCUGUGCAUACCUUGCGUUUGCGCUGACAACUCUGCCUUGGUUCAAUCGUUACUGCGGUAUUCCGCAAAAAUGGACAUCUGCGGGCUGCAUCUGGCUGGUUGCCAUGGUGGUGUGGAUGACAGUAGAUUGGUUCACCUUUCAACAUCUCCAUACUGGCAAGUCCAUGAACACGGAUGAAAGCACCCCAAAAUUUGCUAGGGGUACCCUACGAGGCGGUGGCAUGAAUAAACGGCCGUUUCAAGAAUGGUUUCUAGCUUGGGUUGUCCGUGAGAUUCUGGCGCUGCCUAUUUGGACCGUUGCCGUGCUGCUGGGCACGACUGUGAGUUGGCGCGGUCGAUCAUUCUCGGUGGAUAUGGACGGCGCUGUGAAAGCCAUCGGAGUUGGGGACUUGCCUGUUCGAUCGUCACUCACAACACCGGAGCUGAAACGAGCACGUACUCGAGGCAAGGACCGGAUUGACUAG